AUAUAGACAGACACAAAAGAGUAAGAAGAUUACACACACAUAUCCGAGAGUGGAAUUGACCAGAAUUGGAAGUUGCAAUAAAGAUUAAACCAAGUAAAGUUGGGUUCCAAAUCAUUGAAGAAAGUACCACAUAGUCCAAACUCCAAUCUCCAAGCACAGAAAAAGAGGAAGAAGAAGAAGAAGAUGCCUUGCCUUUACAUCACCACCAAUCUCAACUUAGAUGGAGUUAACACUGAUCCCAUCUUUUCUGAAGCAACCACUGCUAUUUCCACAAUCAUCGGAAAACCCCAAAAGUUUGUGAUGGUGAUAUUGAAGUCAUCGGUGCCAAUAUCAUUUGAAGGUAACAAAGAACCAGCUGCUUAUGCUGAAAUAAUAUCAAUGGGGGGUAUAAAUAAAGAAGUGAAAAGGAAACUCAUUGCUACCAUUGGCACCAUAUUACAAUCCAACCUAUCUAUCCCAACAACACGUUUUUUCCUCAAAGUAUUUGAUACCACUGCAUUUCCUACCCACUCCAAAAUGUAGUGUUUUCAUUUUUGUACAAUAUAGCUAUAAGAUUGUGCUCUAAUCAUACCAAUUUGUUUGUAUGAUUAUGAUAUGUUUUCUUUCUAUUAGAUUUUCGCGCCGCAAAAAUAAGUUUUCUACUUAUUAUUUAUAAAA